AAUGUCGUGCAAGUCAACGAUAAAAACUUCAAGCUGGAAGUAGUGGAGUCAGGAAAGUACUGUUUGGUGGAAUUCUAUGCCGAUUGGUGUAGGCAUUGUACUAAAUUGUCACCAAUCUACGAAGAGUUGGCCGAUUUAUACGCUGGGGUUGAAGAGGUAUCGGUUAUGAAGAUCAAUGGAGAUAAGGAUGGGAAACGAAUGGUGAAGAAAUAUGAUAUUCCUGGCUUCCCAAUGAUACGAAUGUUUCACGGAGAAGAAGUUAUUGAUUAUGAAGGAUCAAGAGAUUUAGAAAGUUUGAGUAAUUUCAUCCAACAAGUGAGUGGAGUUAGAUUAGAAACUAAACCUUAUAUCAGCAGUAUUAAGAAAUUACACGAUUUGAAUUUCCAAAGCGAAGUCCUUGAUAAUAAAGUACCAAGUUUUAUUUAUUUUACUAAAGAGAAAAAUUGUGUUAAAUGUACUAAAAGUGAUUUAAUAUUUGAAAAAUUAUCAAAUGUUUACGCUAAUGAUAAUUCUAGUAUUCAAUUUGGGAAAGUUCUCGUUGAUGAAUCACCUAGUGAAAAAUUGAUUAAGCAAUUUGGAAUUUACAAGUAUCCACAAUUAUUUAUAUUUGAUUCUAAUAGAAUAGUUGAUGGAUAUCGUAGACCUGAACUAUAUGAAGGGAAUUUCGAUAUCGAAAGUAUAAUCGGAUACUUGAAUAAAAAUUUUGCAUUACAUCGAGAUAAAAAGGGCAGGUUAUUACCAAGUGCCGGUAGAAUUGAAAUAAUCGAUGAAUAUCUUGAACGAAAUUAUAGCGGCAGUAGUAGUAUUGAUUUCUUACAAAAUUUCAAUAAUAUAAUUGAUAAAAGGGUUACCAAUGAUAAAAUGAUUAUUUAUUAUAAAAAAUUGAUCAAUAAGAUAAUGAACGGAGAAGAAAUAUAUUUUGAAAAAGAAUUAGAAAGAUUACAAAGAAUGCUUGGGAACAGUUCUAAUUUAAAAUCAACAAGCAUUGACUCAAUUGAAAAAAGAAUUAACGUAUUAAAAUUUUUC